AUGAUGAUGGUUUCACUGGAAGUUGGGCCAGAAGCGACCCGCUUCCUCGUCCACGACAGUGUCUUGAGCCGUAGCGAAGUCCUUGCCGCAAAGUCCUAUCCACUGGCCUUCGUCAAGCAAUCCGUGCUUCUCCCGGAACUGGAUCUAAACACAGCGCACACUCUCGUACACUACUUGUAUACCGGCAAAUACCAGAGCCUCAACACACUGGCGUCAUCCGACAAGGUCAUACCCGAAGUCUACAAGCUUGGCGCGGGUGUAUACUGCGCUGCCGCUCGCUACAAGCUACCAGGCCUUGCCGAGCUGGCUCAAAACAAGCUCAAGUCUCUAGACGAAGAGAUGAGCAUCUUCGAUAUCCUCACUGUAGCGAGAGACCAUGCAUUUCCCUUGCUACCGGAAGAUGAUCUGUGGUAUCCGAGCUAUGUUGAACAGUCGCUCAACAAUGCCAUGGCGGACGAUCCGGAGCCGUUCCGAAAGCCGGACUUCAUUACGACGGUGGAGGGUAACAGCAGGCUUCUGCAACUCGUCUGGAAGACUGUGAUGAGCAACUACGCUCGAGCGCCUGCGACGCCAGUCGUCAGUAACGAAGAAGCCACUACUCCAACAGCUGAGCUUGUGCCGGAGCUGCAUGAGCCGGUCAGUGGUGAAGAAGUCGUUUCUUCGACUGCGCCACCCAAGGAUGAAGCCGUAGAAGAAACCAUUACGAAAGCAAUGCCAGCAUAUGUUCAAAAGGAUAGUGUUGCUGAGGCCCCAGUUGUAAACUACGCGAUCGUUUCGAAGCCCACUGAAGAAGUCGCACCGAAGCUUGAAGAAGCUCAGCCAGAAAAGCCAGCAACGCUCGAGCCCUUCACGGACGAGCUCGACUUCAAGUCCUCAAAGACGUACCAGCAGAUGGGUAACAGGAAGCCAGAACCAGUCAAUACAAGUGACAAAGUCCCAGAGACGAUCAAAGCACCCGUUCACGUGCGUUCAGACUCGGUGAUGCAGGUCGAGCAGCCCGUAGUCGCUUCCACUGAUGAGAAGACGAAGACCGAUGGUGUUGCGCAAGCGGAAGAAGGGACUGAGCGAGCACUUGCUGAUUUGGAAGAAUUGGAAGCACUUGGAGCACAAGGAAAGAAGAAGAACAAGAAGAGGGGUAAGAAAUCAAAGCAGUUUCCUUUCGAGCCUAUCUUGUAG